AGCACUGCACUUAAACAAGCCUCGGUUCUUCCUAUAUAAAAGAAGACAAGUGAAAAUAGAAAAAUUAACCAGGGAAGAGCUAGAGACCAUGGGACACCACUCUUGCUGCAACAAACAGAAGGUGAAGAGGGGAUUAUGGUCACCCGAGGAGGACGAGAAGCUCGUCGCCUAUAUUACUUCCUACGGUCAUGGUUGCUGGAGCUCAGUUCCUAAACUUGCUGGAUUACAGAGGUGUGGGAAGAGUUGCAGAUUAAGAUGGAUCAACUAUCUGAGACCGGAUUUGAAACGAGGGAGCUUCUCUCCUCAAGAAGCCGCUCUUAUUAUAGACCUCCACACAAUUCUUGGAAAUAGGUGGGCUCAGAUAGCUAAGCACCUACCAGGAAGAACAGACAAUGAAGUGAAGAAUUUCUGGAACUCAAGCAUCAAGAAAAAACUCAUUUCUCAUGACAUUAGUAACAAGCUUCCCCCAUCUUCCACUUCCUACCUUAAUUUGCCCAACACCACUUUUCACGACAACGUGAUCUUGAACACCUCGCUUAAUCCAAACCUCCCUGAGUUUUCUUUUAAUUCAAAUAUAAAUUACCCUCAUGUUCUUGAUGAUAAUCCUGAUCCGUUGUACUUGCCUAGCACCCCGUCAUCAUUAACCCUACAAGCCGGUUUUGAUCAUCAUGGUGAUAAUGAUGCAAAUCGUGAUUACCUCCAUAAGCUCGAGAGAAUGAUGAUCCCUAAUUACAGUUUUGAUGACACUAAUUUUAGUUUGAAUAUUCCUGUCGUGCCUUCAGUCCCAUUAGCACAACUGAACUAUUUUUCCACUUCGUAUCAUGAUCAUGACUAUAACGCGAAUCAGAAUCAAAAGCAGAAGAAAAGCCAUGAUCAUGAUCAUCCAUCAGCAUUUGGCUACCAGCCUCAAAUCCUUGACAAUCUAGAUCUUCUUGAUCAUGGUCAUUCUAAACAUGAGGCUACUAAUUUCAUGGCCCGAAAGAUGAAAAAUGUACCCUCGUCGUCCAGUACCUAUUGUCAUGAUGCUAAUGCACUGAUGGUGCCAAAGCUUUGUCAUGAAGAGAUCAUCAACAUGCCGCCUUUAUCUAGUACUAUCCACUCUGGAUCCUCUACCACUCUUGCUGCUUCUCAAAUGGAGUACAGUAACAUCGAUACUACCACGGUCAUAUUAUCUUCAGCAGCUUCCUCUUCAUCGUCUUUGAAGCUGUCUCCUGCUUCAUUUGUCGUAAACCUCGGUGGUCUUCCACCAAACAGCUGGCCCGGAACUCCCAAUAAAACCUAAAUGCACAAUUGGCAACUCGAAUGUACGUACAUGCACGCACACAUUAAUAGUACAUAAUGUGCAUUUAAUCUCUUGAAUUCAAUUUCCAGGGCAAGGAAUGUUGCUAGUUCAGGUUCUUGAUUCCAGUGUAAUAUUUUCCUGUUCUGUAAUCUGAUUAUUUUAUUAAUUAGUCUCCUUCUUCUGAC